AUGGCGUCCACAAGGAAAGUUCUCGUCCUCGGCGCGACUGGGAAACAAGGCGCCGCCGUCGUCGACGCCCUCCUCGAGCUCCCCGCCAGCUCCCCGCCCCUCGAGAUUCUCGCCCUCACGCGGAACCCGGACUCGGCCAAGGUCCAGUCCCUCAUCGAUGCCGCAAAGGCCAAGGGCGUCACAGUCACCCCAGUGCAGGGCGACCUCAAGGACUCCCAGGCCCAGGUCUUCCAGGCCCACCCGAGCAUAGACACGGCCUUCAUCGUGACGACCAUCGGCAACGAGGACGUCGUCGGGAAGGCCUGGGUCGACGCCGCCAUCGACGCGGGCGCCGCCCAGGUCGUCUUCACCUCGGUCGACCGCGGCGGCGAGGACAAGUCCUGGGAGAACCCCACCGACGUGCCGCACUUCCUGCAGAAGCACGCCGUCGAGGUCCACCUCCGCGACCGCGCCGACCAGCUGGCGAAGGACGGGCGGACGCUGCGCUGGACGAUCCUCCGCCCGACGGCCUUCCUGGACAACACCAACCCGGGCAUGUUCGGCAAGGUGUUCGCGGCCAUGUGGUCCACCCUGCCGGCCGACCGGAGCCUGCAGCUCGUCUCGGUGCGGGACAUUGGGCUCUUCGCGGCCAAGGCGAUCGCCGACCCGGAGGGAUGGGACCGCAGGGCCGUGUCGCUUGCCGGCGAGGACAUCACCUACGCCAAGGCCAGGGAGGUCUUCAAGAGGGUCGUCGGCAGCGACAUGCCGCAGACGUACACCAUCCUGGGCCAGGGCAUGUUGUGGGCCAUCGCGGACAUGGGCAAGAUGUUUGGCUUCUUCAAAGGGGAGGGAUACGGAGCGGAUAUCCAGGGGUUGAGAAAGGAGGAGCCGCGGCUGCAGGACUUUGAGGCGUGGUUGAAGGAGAGCAGCGGCUGGAAGAGCGAGAAGAGCGAGAUAUGA